AAACUUUGAAGCACUGCAAUUGUCAAAGUGUCAUCGUGGUUACGUCCGCUGUUAUCGCUUUUAUUGGAGUUUUUGUUUGUAAAUAAAAUAAUUUGAUUAAAAAUGCAGCAAGAGUGGCAAAGGUGGUGUAGGUUCUGUGCAAAGGAUGAUUCAACGGACACGGAUACAAUCUACAAAAUCGAUUCAGUUGCUGAUCAAAUGGAACUCGUCAACAAACAUUUCAUGAUCUCGAUGCUUCCUUUCGAUGGGAGUCUCACAUCAAUGUGUGGGGAUUGCUGUGGUUUCUUAGCCAAACUAAAGGGAUUCAAUGAACGUUGCUUGAAGACUGAGAAAAUGUUCAGGGAUCUUAUGACAAACAAAACUGCCCAAAAUCUCGAUCUUCGAUUACUUCGGAUCAAAUUUGGGAUUGAAAAGGAAGAAAUUAGAUAUUUGCAACAGCCAAACGCCGCAGAAUGUUCAGUAAAAGAACCAGUAGAAGCUUCUGAAUCAUUUCCAGAUCCACUCGAUAGUGAUGAAGUUGAGGAAUCGAUUGAGGUGAAGCAGGAAACAGUAACAACGCGUAGAAGUGGUCGUCAAAGGAAAGUCGCGAAAGCUCAUGUAAAGCAGAUAAAAAUUAAAAAUGAAAAUCAGAGCAACGGUAAAUGCCCUGAUGUUGAUGAAAAAUCAGAAAAAGGCGAGGAAGCUUCGGAAUAUGAACCUGAAGACGAAAACGAGGCAAAUGAAGAUGGAAAUGCGAGAAAGAAAAAGAGAAUACGGUACAAAGAGAAGAAAUAUUCAUGUACAAUGUGCACGAAGACUUAUGCAAGACCUCACUGGUUGCGGGAUCACAUCCUGCAGGAGCAUAAACCAGAAGAAAUGACUCAUUCCUGCUCAACUUGUUCCAAACGUUUUCCCACACAAAUAAAAUUACGCCUCCACGAAUCAAUUCACCUGCCUGAGGAUAAACGACGAACUUUUCAAUGCCCGUACUGCGAUAAGAAGUUCGGCACGAAAGGCAUCAUGCAGACUCACAUAACGUUCAUCCACUCGAAUGAGAAGCCUUUCGUUUGUGAAGAAUGCGGAAAAGCCUUCAAGACAAAGAGCGCCCUGAAGGAGCAUCAUGUCAGUCACAGCAACGAUCGAGCUUUUCAGUGUUCCUCCUGCCCAAAAACCUACAAAUCUCGGGCGAAACUCAAGAGGCACGAGGAUACACACAAAGACGUCACCUACGACUGCCUUAUUUGCGGUGUUAAGCGCAAAACCAAAGCUACACUCAUGACACAUAUGCUUGUGCAUUCAGACGUAAAGAAGUACAAAUGCUCCUACUGUGGCAACGAAUACAAGCGGUCAACUGCCCUAAAAGAUCAUCUCAUCCUUCAUACAGGUCAGCGACCUUUUGAAUGUCCUUUUUGCGAUAAAACAUUUGCGAAUAAUUCCAACUGUCGUAACCACAAGAAAAAGGAACAUCCCAAUGAACUUGCAGCCCUAGAGGCAUCUACAAAGGAGAGAAAAGAAGGAAAAGUUGUUACAAAAAUCGAGAAAUCUGAUUAAUUAUCUUUUUUCAUAAUAAAAAAAUCAACAAUUAAA